UACUAUCCGCGGCGUACGCGCACGCACCAAUCUAUAGUUACUCGAUCGAAUAAAUCGUCGAUUAAUUUUAUAAUUACGCAUUUAUUAGUGAAUAGUGAAAUUAUGUGGAUUUUUAUGUGAAGUGUGAAUAAGAAUUAUUAGUGUAUUUAUUGUGUUGUUAUUGUCAUUGGAUUGCAAAAUGACCGACACGGAACUAUGGACGUUUCAAGAGAUAGCAUUCAAAGCGGAGAUGGAUCGUCACGACGACCCGGAAUCCGAGGAAGAAGCUUUCAUUCUUUGCGCAGAAGAUCCAGCCACCAGAACGAGAAAUAUCGUAGAACUUAGGAAUAUGAUAUAUGAAAGGGGUGAGUGUCACCCUCCUCGAAUGGACGACGCGUUCCUACUGCGGUUCCUGAGGGCGCGGAGAUCCGUGCCUGCGCGAGCGCAUAGACUUUUAGUUCGCUACUGCAACUUCCGUGACCAGAACCCGCACUUAUGGCGUGACAUCGACUGGUUCGGCCUCACAAAACUAGGCCAUGUGUUUGAAGGUGUACUCUUUGACAGGCCGGAUGUUGGUAGGCUUAUUAUUUGUAGACUUGGACAAUGGGACCCAGAUGAUUAUCCAGUAGACGACCUUAUCCGAGGAUGUCUACUUCUUCUGGAAAUUGGCAUCAUGCAGCCAAAGUUGCAAGUGCUAGGAGGAACUGCUUUACUGGACUGCGAAGGUCUUACCAUGAAGCACAUGCGGCAGUUCUCACCAGCCAUAGCCUUGCAAGCCAUGAAUGUUAUGGGGUUUGCAUUCCCGCUCCACCAGCGAGGUGUUCAUGUAGUGAACUGCUCGAGAGUCUUCGAAACAUUAUUUCAUUUCUUCAAACGUCUGGCGCCCGUGGACGAUCUCUGGAAGAGGGUCCGAUUCCAUGGAAAUGAUCUUAGCUCUCUACAUAAAUACAUAGCUCCCGAUUGUCUUCCGAAACGGUACGGCGGGCAUCGACAAGAAGUGUCUCUAGAAAAAUGGCUGACGAAAAUUAAGCAGUACAAGAAUAAAAACUUUGACAACGAUAUGAGAACACUAGGAUAUGCUGUAGAUUAAAUAACUUAAUUAUUUCUUCUAACUGAUCUAAAAUGGACAUAAAUAUUGUAAACACUAUUUUUAUUUAGAACUACAAGACAUGCUUAUCCAAAUGGGUACUUUAUUUAAUACAAAAAAAAAUAUUUUGACUGUUCAAUACAUUAAAAUAUUAAAAAUUAUUCACUCUUUCAUUAAUUGAUUUUAUGUCCAACUUCGUUUUAAUAUGUAUCUUCCUCGCAAAUGUUUAAGAAAUAAGUAUGCUGUUUGACGCUAAAUAACGUGACAUCACAAUGCAUAAUCUCGUCUAAAAGUCAUAGAAAACUGUCGUUUUUGACAGUUCGAAAAAAGUUUUGAAUUUGACUAGAUGGCAAUCGUACCCGAUUGCAAUGUAAUGUUCAAGAAAAACAGUUUUUUAUGUAUUCAGUAACUACUUACAAAUAUUAUUGUCACAUGAUCACGCCGAGUUAGAAUUAUCGAUGUGUAUCUGUAUUUUUUCACACUUUUACAAUAUAAUAGAAGCAUAUUUUGUAGUUCCCUGUUCCGAACCUGAAUAAUGCGAAUAGCAACAUGUUGCAGAAGAGGAUAUUUGAAAUUAACUGUAGUGAUGCAAAUCACUAAUAAUUAAAAGUUUUUACAAUUAAACACAUAUAUUUUGGUUGUGUACUACACAGUACAUAUUUAAUAUAAUAUUAUUUUUGCUUAUAUGGGUAAAAAAUAAGGUGAUUGCCGUCUUUAUAGUUAUUUAAGUUAAUAAAGUUAUAAUCCAAUAGUUC